AUGACGAAAGCGCCGGUGGAGGAGGAUGGAGGGAGGACACGGAGGGCGUCUGAGGACGCAACUGCGAACGCUGCCUUAGCGAAGAUGGGAUAUAAGAGCGAGCUUCCUCGAAACCUGGGGAUGAUGAGCGUUCUCGGACUGUCUUUCGCUAUCAUGGCAGCUCCCUUUGGGCUGAUUACUAUAAUAUGGGGCUGGGUGGCUGUCACUCUAAUUUCGAUCGCCAUCGCAGCCUCACUCGCCGAGAUCUGCUCCGUAUACCCGACUGCUGGAGGCGUGUACUAUUGGAGCGCGAUGCUGUCCACCCGCGAGUGGGCGCCGUUGAUGUCCUUCAUUGACGGCUGGCUGACUCUUGUGGGAAAUUGGACGGUAACGCUGAGCAUCAACUUCUCUGGGGGCCAGUUGAUUUUGAGUGCGAUUUCGCUCUGGAAGGAGGACUUCGUGCCGAAUCAGUGGCAGACGAUCUUGACGUUCUGGGCUGUAAUGCUUGUGUGCGCAUUGGUAAAUAUCUUUGGAUCGCGAUAUCUCGAUCUCAUCAAUAAAAUAUGCAUCUUUUGGACUGCCUCCAGUGUGUUGAUAAUCAUGGUUACCCUGCUCUCCUUGUCUGAUCAUCGGAGGAGCGGGAAAUUCGUUUUUACGCACUACGAUGCGUCUGCUAGUGGAUGGCCGACGGGAUGGGCGUUUUUCGUCGGUUUACUGCAACCCGCUUACACACUGACUGGCUAUGGGAUGGUUGCAGCCAUGUGCGAAGAAACGCAGAAUCCACACCGAGAAGUCCCCAAGGCGAUCGUCCUUUCCGUUGUCGCAGCCGGUAUAACCGGCCUGGUGUACCUCAUCACCUUGCUCUUCGUCCUCCCGGAUGUCAAAAUGCUCCUUUCAGUUGCUAAUGGCCAGCCAAUCGGCCUUUUGUUCAAGACUGUCACCGGCUCUGCAGCAGGUGGUUUUGGCAUGCUCUUUUUAAUCAUGGGAAUCCAGAUAUUUGCUGGAAUUGGCGCCCUUACGGCGGCAAGCCGUUGCACAUACGCCUUUGCUCGUGAUGGCGCUAUCCCAGGGUCUCGGAUCUGGAAACAGGUAAGUAAGCGUUUUGGCGUCCCGCUAUGGGGAAUUAUUCUCUCUACUUUAGUGGAUUGUCUCCUCGGGUUGAUCUACUUUGGCUCUGCUGCAGCAUUCAACUCCUUCACCGGUGUGGCUACCAUCUGCCUCUCAACGUCUUAUGGCUUACCAAUUCUGAUCUCCCUCAUCCGCCGUCGAAAAAUGUUCAAGAAUGCGCCUUUCUCGCUAGGGAAAUUCGGAUACUUGAUAAACAUGACCACCAUAUGUUGGAUAUGUUUCUCUACCUUUCUUUUCUGUCUCCCAGUGUCCUUGCCAGUCACGCCUUCCAGUAUGAACUAUGCUAGUGUUGUAUUCGCUGGGUUUGCCACUAUCAGCGUGGUAUGGUACUUUGUUAGGGCACGUAAGGCGUUUACAGGCCCUCCGAUGUCUAUGGAUGAAGCCGGGAAAGACGAAGCUGGUGUGUUGUCUGGUGCAACAGUGCCUCAUAUGGAGGAUGGAGUUAUGACUUUGGAUAACCCAAAAUCCGAGGAACUGCAUGUGGAACAUCAAACCAAGUCAGGUUGA